AAUCAACUUCAAGUCAAUGUCUCAAGCCAACAUUAACUUACAAUUGUGUGGACGUAACAUAAUGUCUCUAACCAAUGUCAAUUUACAGUGUACUUUUGUUCAUAAGAUUAUAUGGAAGUUUUUGUUUGUUGAUGAAAAGUGUUUGUUCAUCAAAUCAAAUCAAAUCAAAUAAAGACCGCUCAGAUUUAUAGUGAGGUUGUUGUAUAAAAUAAAUAUCACAUUUGUAACUGUGGACAGCCUCACCUUUCAGGUAAUGAUUCUGGAGGCAGCAUUUAUGCACAAAGGAAAUUCACAAAAAGGAUUGCAGACCGAAUUCUGAUCGGGCAUAAAGGUUAGGUCAUCUAAAACAAAACAGAGGUUGUUUUAGUGAUAAGUGAAUAUUACAUUAUUCAUUUUUUCACUAGCAAUGACAUCAAAAGUGACAAACAAAUGGUCAUAAAUGACCAUUGUCAUUUUCAAUGGUCAUAGCUGACAACAGCUAUCAGGAAUGAAAUACAUACAUGAAUUUCCAGCUGUGUUGUUGUCAAUGGAUUGGCACUUGGCAGUUUUGACAGUAAGAAGGGUUUUUUAUUUUGUUUUGUUUUUUUGUUUUUUUUUGUCUGACACUAUACCCUACAAUGUGUUUGUAAUCUUGUGUUAUGACUUUAUUUUGACCCAUAAUGUUUAUUAUUAAUUAAUAUCCAAUCUUGUUUACAAUAUAAUGCAAUUCAAACACUUCGCCCAAACCUGUUAAGACAAGAUGAUCAAAACAGUUAUUAUUGAUAAGUCGAUUCUGGGCUGGAAACAUUAUAACAACAUAAACUUGUUGAUAUAUGUGUUGGAAAGUAAAGUAAGUGCAUGAAGACAAUGCAAACAUUACUACUGUUUAUUGUACAGUACAGUCUUGUAAUUAAUGUUUUAUGCAAUGUAUAACUAAUUCCUUUGCUCUUUAAUUUGGUCUGUUCUUUAUAUUAUUAUUAUUAUUAUUUUUUAAAUAAAAUAGCUAAUCAGAUUGAUUGCUGCUUUUUACUUGGAAUUUAUAUAUAUAUAUAUAUAUAUAAAAGUACAUUUUAGUUAAAAAUGUAAAAUUAGAAAUAAUUUAAUAUCGAUCUUAUCCAUCAAUGAUGAUGGUUCAACUUUGCAGUGUAUGGAUUUUGUGGAUAGCCACAUAUUCAAAUUGAAUUUAAUGAAUUGUUAUCAUCUCAUAUAUGUAGUUUUUUUUUUUUUUUUUUUUUAAAUUGUAAACCCCCAUGACCCCAUGCCCAAGCCAUCACGUAAACGCGGUGAUACCGCGCUAUUGCGCCAUUUUGCGACUCUUGGCGGUCUUUUUGGGGGGGGACUCAAUUUAUCAGGAGGCCUGCAGUGCACUUAGCCAGCAUCAACUGUGAAGCCGUAUCGUUGUGAGAACAUUUUGCAUGUCUUAUCUUAAACGUUGGAGAAAAAUUCGCUCAGAAGCUGCUAAAAUUGCACUGGAAUGUACUAGCGAAGAUGAUAGCCAUGACAAUUUGGAUAAUCCAAAUGAGUGUGAUGAAAAUGGUGGUGAAAAUUUAGCAGCAGAGGAAAACAGUACUUCACAGGAAUCAGAUGAACUUGGUGAUACAGAUUCAGAUUUUGGAUACAAAGAUUAUGUGUCAACUGAUUCUGAACAAGGUGUAGAAUCUGCAAAAGAGGAUGAAGUAACCUUUCAAGAAAAGCUUGCUUCCUGGGCUACAAGAAGUAAAUGUGGAAGAAGCCAAAUUAAUGAAUUGCUUGGUAUUUUGAAGGACGAAGGUUUAGAAGUACCGAAGGAUUCUAGGACAUUAUUGAAAACACCUCGUCAAAUCCAGAUAGAAGACAGGUGUGGUGGACAGUAUGCCUACUUUGGCAUUGAAUGCUCUGUUGUGAAAAUUCUUGAUCGGAACAUCAAGUAUUUAGAAAGUUCAAACUCUGUGGACCUGUUAGUGAACAUAGAUGGAAUUCCUCUUUUCAAGUCAUCUAAUUCCCAGUUAUGGCCAAUCAUCUGUCGUUUCAGUGACUUUGAACCAUUUAUAGUUGCCAUUUUUUGUGGUGAACAUAAACCUAACUCUGUUGAUGAUUAUCUUCAAGACUUUUUAGCUGAAUACAAAGAACUACAGAGAAAGCCUAUCACUCUGAAUGGCCAAGAAAUCCAUGUGUGCAUCAAAGCCUUUGUUUGUGAUGCUCCAGCUCGAGCAUUCUUAAAAUGUAUAAAAGGACACACUGGAUAUGAUUGUUGUGAAAGAUGCACAAUUAAGGGAGAGUAUAAGAACAAAAGAGUCGUGCUCCUGGGAGACUACCCAUUAAGAACCGAUAGAGAUUUCUCUAAUGGACUUUAUGUUAAUCAUCAUGUUGGAGUAUCCCUUUUACUUAAUGUGGGAAUAAGAUGUGUAACAGGUUUUCCUCUUGAUUAUAUGCAUCUUGUAUGUCUUGGAGUCGUAAGAAGACUGCUGUGCUUCUUAAGAAAAGGACCACCUGAAUGUAGACUGUCACAUAGAAAAGUGGGAGAGAUUUCAACUCUUCUUGUGUCUUUAUCUGGAAAGCUACCUAGUGAAUUUGCUCGCCAACCAAGACCCUUAACAGAUUUAGAUCGGUGGAAAGCCACAGAGCUGCGGCAAUUCCUUCUGUACACUGGACCUGUAGUUCUGAAAAAAGUGUUACACAAGGAUGUUUACGAACACUUUCUCUGCCUAACAGUAGCUGUUUCAAUCCUUUUGGACACCUGUGAGACGAAGCGUGCUGCUUACAUGGACUAUGCUAAACAACUUUUAGAUUAUUUUGUAGAAAAAUCUAAGCACAUUUACACACCACUUUUUUUUGGUGUAUAAUGUUCAUAACUUGAAACAUCUGUCAGAUGACUCUAGACAUUUCAUGUGUUCUCUCAAUGACAUAUCUGCAUUUCCUUUUGAAAAUCAUCUGCAAAUUCUGAAGAAACUAGUGAGAAAUGCCAAAAAUCCCAUCAGUCAAGUCGCAAAGAGACUUUGUGAACAAGAGAGGGCAGAAAGCCACAGAAACAAGGUGUCAAACAAAAGUUGGCAUUUUGUUUCGGAAAAGAAGAGAAAUGGAUGCUUCCUCUUGCACAAUGAAGACUUUGCCUUUGUUAAAGAAAAACGUGAUGAUGGCAAUUUGUUAUGUGAUGUCAUUUCCCAAAAAAACAUGGAAAGCUUUUUUACUGUGCCUUGUGACUCCAAGCUUAUUAACGUUGUAUAUAUUAGAAACAUGGAGAGAGUCCAGAAACGUCGCAGGCUUCUUGAUGUUGAUGAAAUUCACCGUAAAGUGGCUUGUCUACCCUUCAAAACAGGAUAUGUACUUAUGCCUUUAUUGCACAGCAUGGAGCGAAAAGACUAAAAAAGGUAUUUGUUUCAGGAUGGCUUGGGUAAGGGCAGUGUGGCAAGAGAAGACAAGGCAAGAGGAAGGGACGGUGCCGGACAGCUGGGUGGACCCAAAGAACAUGUUAUUGUACUGGCCAAAUGUUGCAAAUGCAACAAGAUAUUUGAAGGAACGACGGCCACCAUCUGAUAGUUGGAGAAAGUUUCCACUUGUGAAAGAGAAGAUGAG